AUGUCCACACUAGCCAUGUCAAGCGCCAUAGUAAAGCUCACUUCCUACACCCCGAAAAUCACCCUCAAAAACAUCACAGCUCGCACAGCACCCAUGGCCUCAUCAGCCAGGAUGAUUCAAUCAGGCUCACCACCAGAGUUCCCCAAAAAGCCUGAAAUAAAGCCCCACACACCGACAGAGCUUCCAGUAACUCCAAACUACCCAGACUUCGGUCCAGUGCCACCCGAGGAGUUUCCCAAGCCAAGUCUCGAGCCAUCGGGCCCUGAUUUUCCAGUUCCUCCCACGCCAUCUCCGCCUGUCCCUGAUGCACCCAAGCCGCCUAUGCCGUCGCCUCCUGGACCUGAUAUUCCGCUGGGACCGCCGCCGCCGAAUGUUUUUCCGCCUAAUGAUCCGGAUGUUAUUCCAAUGGGACCGCCAGAAGUAGAGCCUCCGCAGAGAACUCCGCCGGAUAUUCCGACGCCCACGAUGUGA